UCCCAUAUUUUACUCUUUUUCCUUGCAGUUUUGUCAACCCGCAUGAAACAAUUGGCUCACUUGCUGGACGAUUUCAAUUUCGAAUGCAUUGGCACAGCGCAAACAGAUGAUGAGAAUGUCAUUUGCGAAAGUCUGAAACAUUUCGCCGCCAUAAUUGGAACCAUCGAAGAUGAGCGAGAAAAAAUGCUGACGCUGGCGGAUCAACACAUUAUUAUGCCACUGGAGGAGUUUCGUAAGAAACAUAUUGGCGGCGUUAAGGAGAAUAAGAAAAAGUUUGAUAAGAAGACGGAAAAAUUUUGCCAGACACAAGAACGUUUCCUGAAUAUGUCAACAAAAAAGCCAGAGAAUACGAUACAGGAGGCGGACGCCAGUCUGGGUAUGCACGAACGUGAAUAUGUACAGGAGUCCUUGAGUUACGUGCUACGCAUACAGGAAGUGCAGGAGCGCAUUAAAUUUGAAUUUGUUGAAAUUCUGCUUGGCUUCAUCUCCGGUUGGUUGGUGUUCUAUCAUACGGCGCACGAGCAGGCCGAGGAUAAUCGCGAUUACCUGCAAGAUUUGCGGCACAAGGUGCAAAAGACACGUGAGAAUUUCGAGGGUACUCGAGAGAAAGUCACCGAAUUGAAGACAAAAUAUAUGGAAAAGAGAACGAAACCGGAGGAGAAAUUUACAAAACGCGGCUAUUUGUUUUUGAUGGAAAAAAAACCAUUCAAGGCAACAUGGACGAAAUACUACUGCACAUACAAGAAACAAAAGAAGGAAUUCACAAUGUUGCAAUUCAAUCAGAUGAAUCACAGUUCAACACGGCCUGAGGGACGUGAAGAGGAGAAACUAACGCUAUACUCGUGUCAUCCACGCAACUCGGAAUUCGAGAAACGUUUCUGCUUCGAUUUGACAUUCAAAGAGAAACCGGGUGUUGUGUACACAUUUCAAGCGCUCAGCGAGGACGAUCGACAGGCGUGGGUGAAAGCAAUGGACGGCACUGAAUCAACUUACUUUGCCCCAGGCAAAGUGAAGGCUGGCGAGGAAUAUCAGCUGGAUGACAUGGGCUUCGCUUUCGUGCGCAGAUGUAUCGAUGUGCUGGAGAAGCGUGGCCUCGAGGAUGAGGGUAUCUACCGCAAGAGCGGCGUUGGUACGAAAAUUUCCAAACUCUUGACGCUGGGCAUGGAUCACAAGAAAGCGGAGAGUGUUUUUAGCGACGAACAGUAUAGGGAUCUCAUGGAGAGCAACACCAUAGCGAGUGCGUUGAAAACGUAUUUGCGCAAUCUAACCGAGCCACUGAUGACAUAUCGCUACCACAGCGGCUUCAUCGAGGCGGCAAAGCAAGAAAGCCUUAAUCAGCGCGUGCAUGAAGUGCAUAAAUUGGUACACAAGCUGCCACAGGCGAACUUCGAGAUGCUCGAUCUGGUCAUUAGGCAUUUGACAGAAGUAUCGCGCAGGUUUGAAAAGAACAAAAUGUCGGUCUUCAAUCUGGGCGUCGUUUUCGGCCCGACACUGUUACGCCCCCAGGAGGAGACCGUUGCUGCCAUAUUGGACAUCAAGUUCAACAACAUUGUUAUAAAUAUUUUAAUCGAAAACUACGAUCGCAUCUUCAAGAGCGACCCGAGUGCGCCACUGCUAAGUGCACCCAAUCCCACUAGUCCGCCGACGCGCGUGCCACGUGCUAGUCAAGCCGGUAAAUCGCCCUCAGCUGGCGGUGGAGUGGGUAAUGGCGGACGCACGUCCAUGUAUUCGCCUCAACAGCAAGUCUAUCGGCUUGUGACCAAGUCCAACUUCACAGAUCCACCGAUGUCAUCGAGUUUACAAAACAUUCCAAAUGGCCUAAUCUAUUCGCAUGGCAGCGGAGGAGGCGGAGGAGGUGGUGGUGGCGGCGGGGGUGGUGGCAACCCGGUAAGCCGUACAAAUGGCGGCCUUGUAAGUGGGCAUACCACCAACGGUAGCGGCGGUGGCAGCGGCCCGAAAAGCCUUGGCAUGAGCGUCAAUAUGGGUAGCGUCAAAAAUUUACAUUCCAUGUCGCAGAGUGAUAUCAGUGUGCGCAGCCUUCGUGGCGGCGGCGGCGUUAGCAGCAGCGCUGCUGAUGCUGUGUAUGGCAUACUUGGCGGCGGCACGAAUGGCUCCGGUCUGACAGCACAUCAUGCCACGCCCGCGAAUGCGACGCAACUGCGACAAGAUUACCUAAUGGCUACAGCCACGCCGGCGUCUACGAGUAUCGGCGGCAGUGGCGGUAUUUAUUCCACCGCCUCAGCGGGCAGCACUACACGGCUAAAUAUGAACAACGUCUCCCCACCAACGAUAUCCAUGCGCACCGAAGCGUUGUACGGCUCUGCGGCUUUAGCGGGCGGCGGCGGUGGUGGCGGGCAGUCGCAACUCUCCCGCGGUCAUAUGUCGUAUGCGCAGGCAAAACACUAUUCACCUGUGGCAGCGGCGGCAUCCACCUCUAGUUCCAAUGAGAGUGUCUGUGAUUCCUUAUCGUCGGCGAAUGGCAUUGGCUGUGGGGUCGGCGGCGGGAGCAUGGGUGGUGGCGGCAAUAGUGGCAGUCGCAUGCUUGGCGGUGGUAAUUCACUGGACUAUGUGCCACAUUCCUCUCAAGCGUCUUCGCUGUCGACGCUUUUGGGCUCCACCUGCGACGAUGUGGUGACGGCAACGGCGGCACCCUCUAUGAUUGGCGGCGGUGGCAGUUCGCCGAAAGAUGGAGAGUAUGUGCCGGCUAAGGUGCAUCGCAACAAGGAGGUACAACGCGAACUGAACGCGGGCACAGCACGUGUGCGCACACUGUACGCGUGUAUGGGCGAAAGCGAGGGUGAGCUGUCGUUUGAGCCAAAUCAGAUCAUCACUAAUGUACGCUACUCACACGAACCGGGUUGGCUGCAGGGCACGCUUAACGGUAAAACUGGACUUAUACCACAGAACUAUGUUGAACACUUAAAACCAUACCAUUAGAACUAGCUAACUGGUUAUGAAACUGGUUAGAUAAAGAUACUUAUGUACAUAUAUGAAUGUUUGAUAUAAAUUAUAUAUGUGUAUGUAUACCUACAAUAAUUUGUAUAUGUAUGUGUGUAAACUAAAGGCAAAUGCCGAAAUAGUUACAUGUAAAUGUAAUUUAAAGCGGCAAAGCAUUUGAAAAUUGGUGUGAUGUAAGCAAAAGUACAUAAAGUGCUUGUAGUUAAUUAGUUAAGUAGGGAUUUACAGAGUGAAGGGGAGCAGAAAUGGCAAAUAAAAUAGUAGAACCGCACUAAAACAGCGAAAUCAGCAAGACACCGGAAUGCACAAGCAAGUUCACUGAAUAGAAGAUACCGAAAAAUGUGCAGCAACUGAUGAAAUGAUAAAUAUAUAAAAUUAUACACAUUUUUACUGUACUGUGCAAAAGUCCAUAGCGCACGAAAUUAAAAUUUUUCGUAGGACAUAACUUCGUAGGAAAUAUGAAAUUAGCGCUUAUUCAAAAGUAGCGAACAUUUUCAAGCGCACAGUCCCGCAACCGAUUGCAAAACCAGCCCAC